GAGGACAAAGAAUAGAUCCUGUCGCGGCGCAGCAGCGAGGACGAGCUUCCGGAGCUUCUGGAGCUUCUGGAGCUUCUGGAGCUUCCAGUGCGGGUCCGCCCGAGCACAGCUGCUGCUGACGCACCACCGCUGAAACCGGAGAGUCUCUGCAGAGGAAACACAAAUGGAUUCAGAGUACGUGAAGAAACAUUUGGGCCAAUGUUUGGCUGAGGGACUGUCUGAAGUGGUGGAGCAGCGGCCCAUGGACCCCAUACAGUUUUUGGCCCACUGGCUCUACAAGUACAACGCCAACGUUGAAUAUGAAGCCAAGAAACAAGCCCGAUUGGCACUUGUGGAGCAGGAGCGAGCCAGAGCUGCACAGGGGUCGCAGCCCCAGGAGGAGCCUGCUGCAAAAGAGCAGCCGGCAGAGGGACCACUGCCUGCAACAGGGCCCUCAGAACCUGGUGACCCGGCAGGAGCCACUUCAGUACCCGUCGAGAACCCUGACAAGGAAGCCGACCGCCCUGAGCUGCCAGAGAGCCAGCAGGUCAAGGACCAGCAGGUCACGGACCAGGCAGACACGAACCAGCCAGACACUAACCAGCUGGUCACAAACCAGCCGGACACGAACCAGCCGGACACGAACCAGCCGGACACGAACCAGUCGGACACGGACCAGCAGGACACGGACCAGCAGGACACAGACCAGCAAGACACAGACCAGCAGGACACGGAAAAUGAGCUUCAGGUGAAGAUGACAGAAUCCUCUGUCUCUCUGCGAUCUGGGGACCAACUGAGCUCCGCCGACGUGAACGUAGUGAAAACCGAAGUGGAGAAGCGCCCGCAGGAGGGACAGGGUGGACUGGAUGAUGAGAAGGAGCCCGGCCCGGCUGAAAGUGCUGAGCCGGCUCGCAAUGAAGGCUCCGCCCCCAGCCACAUGGCGCUUGAGGAACACCAAGGCCAGGAGCGACCAGACCAAACCAGUCAUGGCGCCCCUGUAAGCCAACACGCAGAGAAGAAAGGCCAGGAGGACCAGCGCGCCGCAUCCUCAGAGUCCGAGUCAGCGCGGAUGCAGUCCCCUCAAGCCGGGUCCCCCCAGAUGGAAUCAACACGAGCAGAUUCUGUGCCGACUGAGUCUAUGCAGCUCGAGUCCUCUCAACCUAAGCUUGCACCGGUGGAGACCACGCAAGCGGAGUCCGGGCAGCGGGAGUACGCGCUGGAUUGGUCUGAGUCCGCACAGCUCAAGUCUUUGCAGGUGGAGUCCACGCCGGACGAUUCCUUCCAACCUGAGCCUGCACAGGCUGGGUUUAAUCACGCUGAGGCAGCCCAGGUCGAAUUCACACAGGUCUCUCAGCCCGGAUCUGUCCAGGUGGAGUCCAUGUUGGACAACUCCACACUAGCCAAGUCUGCACGGGCUGAGUUUAAUCAUGUUGAGGUCUCCAUAUUCGAAUCCACACAGGUUGAGACCUCUCAGAACACGUCUAUACAGGUGGACACCAUGCUGGAUGGAUCUGAGUCCACACAGGUCAAAUCUGAACAGGUGGAGUCCUCUCUAGUGGAGUCUGUAAAGGUGGAGUCCAUGUUGGAUGGGUCUGAGUCCAUACAGCUCAAAUCUGAACAGGUGGAGUCAUCUCUAGCGGAGUCUGUAAAGGUGGAGUCCAUGCUGGAUGGGUCUGAGUCCAUACAGCUGAAAUCUGAACAGGUGGAGUCCUCUCUACUGGAGUCUGUAAAGGUGGAGUCCAUGUUGGAUGGGUCUGAGUCCAUACAGCUCAAAUCUGAACAGGUGGAGUCCUCUCUAGCUGAGUCUGUAAAGGUGGAGUCCAUGCUCGAUGGGUCUGAGUCCAUACAGCUCAAAUCUGAACAGGUGGAGUCAUCUCUAGCUGAGUCUGUCCAAGUUGAAUCCAUACAGGACGAGACCUCCCAACCUAAGUCUGCACAGGUGGAAUCCCUAAACACUGAGUCCUCCCUAGCGGAGCCAGCCCAGCUUGAGUCCAUGCUAAAUGCCAGCUCUCAACCCAAGUGCGCACAGGUGGAGUCCAUAAAGGCCGAGUUAUCCCUAGCCGAGGCCUCCCAGAUCGGAUCCACACAGGUUGAGGCCUCUCAGCACAAGUCCGCAAAAGUGGAGUCCAUGCUGGAUGGGUCUGAGUCCAUAGAGCUCAAAUCUGAACAAGUGGAGUCUUCUCUAGCUAAGUCUGCCCAAGUUGAAUCCACACAGGUUGAGACCUCCCAACCUAAGUCUGCACAUGUGGAGUCCCCAAACACUGAGUCCACCCUAACUGAGCCAGUCCAGUUCGAGUCCAUGCAGAAUGGCAUCUUCCAACCAGAGUGCACACAGUUGGGGUCCAUAGAAACUGAGUUAUCUCAAGCUGAGGGAUCCCAGAUUGAAUCCACACAGGUUGAGACUUCUCUUCCAAAGCCUGUGCAGGUGGAGUCCACGCAUGCCGAGUCUUCACAGGCCAGGUCCACUCAAGCUCCUCAGAUCGAAUCUUCACAGCCUCAGUCUGGGUCUGCACAGGUGGAGUCCUCUCUGACUGAGCUAGUCCAGGUCGAAUCCCAGUGCGCCAAGUCUAAGUCUGUGCGAAUCGAGUCCAGACAAGCAGACUCUGUUCAGGCUGAAUCUCCGCAGGGGGAGUCUACACAGUCUAAGAUCAGGCAGGACGAGUCCUCUGCGUCUGCUCAAGUAGAUACUCUACAGACCAUGUCCUCGCAGGCUGAGGGCACUGAGGUCCUUCCUGGUGAAAAGCUCGAAUCACAAACAGCAAAAACUGAAGAGACACCCAGUCCGAGCUCCCCUCUUCGUCUUCAAGACCGGGAAGAAGUUCCUGAUCUCACCCAGGAUGAAGAUGGAGAAUGAACGUCUGCUCGCUACUCAGAACUUCUUCAAACAUUCACAGCACAGGUGCACAACAUGUUUGUGUGAGAUUGUGUUCCUUUUUCCACACAACAUCGCACUUCAAUCCAUCGUAGAGGACACCAUGAAGGCAAACUCACAACACAACUUUACAUCACAUCACAACACAACAACUUUACAUCAAAACACAACAACUUUACAUCAAAACACAACUUGUUUAAGUCACAACACAACAACUUUACAUCACAACACAACUUUACAUCACAACAUAACUUUACAUCACAACACAACUUAACACCGCAACACAGCUUUACAUCACAAACCAACAUUACAUCACAACACAACUUUACAUCACAACACAACUUUACGUCACAACACAACUUAACACCACAACACAACUUUACGUCACAACACAACUUUACGUCACAACAACUUUACGUCACAACAACUUUACAUCACAACUUAACGUCACAACACCACUUCACAUCAUAACACAACUUAACACCACAACACAACUUUACGUCACAACAGAACUUUACGUCACAACACAACUUUACUUCACAACACAACACCACAACACAACUUUACGUGACAACACAACUUUACGUCACAACACAACUUUACAUCACAACACCACUUAACACCGCAACACAACUUUACAUCACAACACAACUUAACACCGCAACACAACUUUACAUCACAAACCAACAUUACAUCACAACACAACUUUACAUCACAACACAACUUUACAUCACAACACAACUUUACGUCACAACUUUACGUCACAACACAACUUUACGUCUCAACAACUUUACAUCACAACACAACUUUACGUCACAACAACUUUACAUCACAUCACAACUUAACGUCACAACACCACUUCACAUCAUAACACAACUUAACACCACAACACAACUUUACAUCACAACACAACUUUACGUCACAACAACUUUAAACCACAACACAACUUUACGUCACAACAGAACUUUACGUCACAACACAACUUUACUUCACAACACAACUUAACACCACAACACAACUUUACGUGAAAACACAACUUUACGUCACAACACAACUUUACAUCACAACACCACUUAACACCGCAACACAACUUUACAUCACAACACAACUUAACACCGCAACACAACUUUACAUCACAAAUCAACAUUACAUCACAACACAACUUUACAUCACAACACAACUUUACAUCACAACAACUUUACAUCACAACACAACUUUACGUCACAACUUUACGUCACAACACAACUUUACAUCUCAACUUUACAUCACAACAACUUUACACCACAACACAACUUAACGUCACAACACCACUUCACAUCAUAACACAACUUAACGCCACAACACAACUUUACGUCACAACACAACUUUACGUCACAACAACUUUACAUCACAACACAACUUUACGUCACAACAACUUUACAUCAAAACAGAACUUUACGUCACAACACAACUUUACUUCACAACACAACUUUACUUCACAACACAACUUAACACCACAACACAACUUUACGUGACAACACAACUUUACGUCACAACACAACUUUACAUCACAACACAACUUUACGUCACAACACAACUUUACGUCACAACACAACUUUACAUCAUAACACAACUUAACACCACAACACAACUUUACGUCGCAACACAACAACUUAACAUCACAACACAACUAUACGUCACAACACAACUACGUUACAACACAACAACUUUACAUCACAGCACAACUUUAUGUCACAACACAACUAUGCGUCACAACACAACUAUGCGUCACAACACAACAACUUUACAUCACAACACAAUUUUACGUCACAAAACAACAAUUUUACAUCACAACACAACUCUACGUCACAACACAACAACUUCACAUCACAACAACUUUAUGUCACAACACAACUUUAUGUCACAAAACAACAAUUUUACAUCACAACACAACUUAACAUCACAACACAAUAACUUUACAUCACAACACAAAAACUGUACACCACAACAUAACAACUUUACAUCACAUCACAACUUUACGUCACAACACAACAACUUCAUGUCACAACACAACACAUUUAUAUCACAACAAAACAACUUUACACCACAAUACAACACGUCACAACACAACCACUUUACACCACAAUACAACAACUUUUCGUCACAACACAACAACCUUACAUCAUAACACAACUUUAGAUCACAACAACUUAACGUCACAACGCAACAACUUUACAUCACAACACAACUUUAGGUCACAACAACUUUACAUGACAAUAUAACUUUAGGUCACAACACAACAACUUUGCGUCACAACACAACAACAUUUCAUCACAACACAACUUUACGUCUAUACACAACAACUUUACGUCACAACACAACAACUUUGCGUCACAACACAACAACAUUACAUCACAACACAACAACUUUACGUCACAACACAACAACUUUACAUGACAACAUAACAUUAGGUCACAACACAACUAAUUUACAUCAGAACACAACAACUUGACAUCACAACACAACUUUACGUCUAUACCCAACAACUUUACGUCACAACACAACAACUUUGCAUGACAACAUAACAUUAGGUCCCAGCACAACAACUUUAUGUCACUAUACAACACUGUUAUGUCACAACACAACAAUUUACGUCCCGAUACAACAACUUUACGUCAGAACACAACUUUGUCGCAACACAACAACUUUUUAUCACAACACAACAACCUUACGUCACAAUAAAAAAGCGUUGACACAA